AUGCCACGAAGUCUAUCUCCAGUUGGCGCUCUUCAAACCAAGAACGUUGAGUUUGCCAAAGAUCACCCCUUCUACUUCAUCACCCCACCAAGCAGCUCGUUCCGCAACGAGUCGUCUCGCUAUCUCGGAGAAGAGCUCGACCAUACUACUUUCGUCGCCCGGGCGUCACAGGACGAUCCCUCAAACGUAGACGCGUUGACCAGGACAUACGACUGGGAGACAACGAGUGGAAAGUGGGUGAGGCACGAGUACGCGAUUGAAGCAUCGAGUCGCCCCAAGGCUCGGCUCUCCGGGAAAUUGUCUCGCCUACUCGAGGAAGAUGAUGGAGAGGCUGUAAUUACGCUGCCAAUCCAAGAGAGUCGUUUUUCCGCCCUCGAUGAAAGCCUUUGGGAUUCCGAGUCGUUAGACCUUCAUUUCCAGCAUGUUUCGUUGGAUGAGAACCAGGUGCCUCUCGUCAGUACAGGCGGUAGCAGACCAUGGGACUAUGAGGCCGCAUGGCUUUUGGAGAUCGAUGAUUCUUUAGAUGUCUCUCUGGCUGGACACACUACUGAUACAGGCUUUCCAGCCGUAGUCCAUCCCUGGCUCGUGUUGCGAGUAUUCUCACAUGAGACCGGCCACCGCCCCAAAAAGAUAUGA